AUGGAACAAUUUAAGAGGAUAUUUCGAGGUGGACCUUUCUUAUGGUUGCUAAUCGUUGUGUUUCUAGCUUUAGUCGAACGAAACAGAAGUGAGAUAAGUAAUAAUGACAAGACAAAGAUCGAAAAGGGCUUCGAGGCUGGGAGAGCAAUUCUUGACCUUAUUACAGAGAGAGACUUUAAAGAGGCGUUAACUAAAAUAGGCAAAAGUAUUGCCCCGUUCUUGGGUGCAUUCGGUCCUUUUCUCAGUCUAAUCCUUGCAUUUAUACCAGGAGCUGAUUCGGCAGAACUUGCAUACCUAAAAUGGAUGAUGAAAAACAUUGAUAACAGAUUCAAUCGACUGGACUCACGAUUUGAUGAAGUUCAACGCAUGAUUGAUUGGACUAAGGUGGCGGUGAACUUUGGACAAAUCGAACAAAAAAUCUUGGCAAUGGAUGUAGAAUUCAGACUUCUUUAUACCGGCGGAGCACCAGCAGCGAAUAGGAAGCAAGUAUUUAUAACACAUUUCGAAAGUGAUUAUCAGCUUAGCGGGUUAAAAUUGUACAAUGCAAUUGUGCACACCCAAGGUACCUUUCAGGAAAAUCUCGGAGAAUCUGUUAUGCGUUACACUAAAAAUGAUCGCAAGAAGACGCGAGAUUUUCUUCUUGGUAUAAUGCGACUCCUCAUCCAAGCAGUUAAGAUAGAACUUGCAUACUAUAAAGCGAAAGGGUUUGAAACGAUUGCCGAACAGAGAAAGCAAGAAUGGGAAACCAGGAUUCGAACGGUAAAAUCGAAUUUCGAACAGGUUGACAGGACAGUGACAGACAGAUACCAUAACCAGUCUCUUGUGGACAUUAAAAAAUAUACUGCCGACAAUACUGGCAUGAGUAACGAAGAUUUCAGUGCAGGACUGUACAACAUGUUAAAUGGAAAGUAUGAUUGGCGCGUCUGGUUUGUCAUUGCUUAUAAACCGAUACAUGGUCGGAACAAGCACACUGUUAGUGUAUGCGACGGCGGGCAUAUACUAUUUCGACAAGAUGGACGAAACAUCGUAGUUGCAAGUAAGGACCAUAAUGCUGGAACAAUGGACUUGCAAAGAGCGAGAACGAGUUUGAAUCGCCGUAAAUGGAUUUCCCAUGAUCUCGUGUAUGUUGGAGAGUUAGCCAGAAAUUUGUACAAUGAACUUGAUAAAACUGGUGCAUGCGCAGUUGCUGUAAUUAAUAUACCUGGCUCCGAUGUAAGGUACAAGGGAGAUCCAAAUAGAAUAGUGCACCGCGAUUUAAAUUGGAUGGGCAAUCCCUUCCAAAAAAUGUUCAUUAUGAUCAUGUUCGGCUAAAUGCUGCAAAAGAAAUGGUCGCUACGUAUAUGAAUGUGUUAACUUGGGCAUUAUCACAUUUAUACAUAUUUUAUACAUAGGUGUUCGGUACGUUACCAUGGCAACAGAUUAUGAAUCUAAU